CACCACCGGACAGGGCAUUGGAUCAGCAAAUCCAGUUGCAUGUCAUCUAUUACAGAGAAAUCACAGAACUCCUUAGUACGUGACAACACAAUGGGGACACGGGAGAACCAAAGAACAACUGGAGACACCAAAAACAGUCGGCCCCUCACCUUGGAACUGGAUGACAAGACAGAUGAUAAAGAUCUGGGAAAGGUCACCGAGCAUGAUGACACCAGGGGUCUCCUGCUCUCUGUGCUUAAACUGGGGGAAUCGGAAAAGGACAGGAGCCCCAUGGACUCUGAGUACCAAGAGAACAAUGACGAGCCAAGAGUUAAGAAUGUCAUCAAGGGUAUGAGUUUAAUAAUAACAGGUGAAGCUGGCCAAGAUGAGUUUGACAUGAAAAGGCUCUUUGCCGCAGUCUCCAGUGGAGAUGUUGCUCAGCUGAAUGGACUUGAGGGAUAUCUCCGUCGCUCCAUGAAACACCUCACAGAUACUGAAUACCAGCCGAAAGGUAAAACAGCAUUACUCAAGGCUCUGCUGAACCUGAAGGAUGGCAGAAAUGAUGCUGUGGAGUGUCUCCUUGGUAUUGCUGAGAACAUGGGGGAUUUAAAUGGCUUUGUUAAUGCAGCAUAUACAGACUCUUACUACAAAGGCCAGACCGCUCUGCAUGUAGCCAUUGAGAGAAGGAGCAAAUACUUUGUGGAGCUCCUGGUCCAGAAAGGAGCUGAUGUCCAUGCCAAGGCCUGUGGGAAGUUCUUCCAGCUGCAUAAAGGACACUGUUUCUACUUUGGGGAACUGCCUCUCUCGCUGGCAGCCUGUACCAGCCAGAAAGACAUUGUUGACUUCCUUUUGGACAACCGCUACAAGAAUGCAGAUGUUCGUGAACCCGACUCAAGGGGUAACAUCGUACUCCACGCCCUGGUGAUGGUAGCAGACAACAGUCCAGAGAACACAGACUUCAUCAUCAAAAUGUACGACCACAUCCUGACCAGGACUGCCCAGCUACAUCCCAAGGUCAAACUGGAGGAGAUGGAGAACAAGCAGGGCCUCACUCCAAUCAAGCUAGCGGCCAAGACUGGAAAAAUAGAGCUGUUAAAACAUAUAUUACAUCGAGAGUUCCAUGACAGCAACAGGCAUCUCUCCAGAAAGUUCACUGAGUGGGCAUACGGGCCUGUGGGUUCUUCACUCUAUGACCUGUCAUCACUGGAUACCUUUGAGAAGAACUCUAUCCUUCAGAUAGUUGUGUACGGCACCAAAAUCCCUAAUCGUCUGGAGAUGCUUCAGUUGGAGCCACUCAACCAGCUGCUGGAAGAGAAGUGGAAGAGAUUUGUUUAUCCAGUGUUCCUCUUCAGCUUUGUGGCCUAUCUCAUAUACCUCGGCAUUUUCUGUACUGUCGCCUACUUCAGGAAGGAUCAAGUCAAAGGCUCAAAUGGUUCAGGACCUCCGUAUCCUGUGAAUGAUAACUUGGAGGAUCAUUUACUUCUGUCAGGGCAGAUCAUACUUCUCUUGGCUUCUGUUUGCUUCUUCUUAACAGGGUUAAUGAAUUUCAGAACAAGACAUCCAAGGCUAGGCCCUUUGCUAAUAGAUGGUUUCUUCGACCUCCUGUUUGUCCUGCAGGCAGUUCUCUUCAUGGCCUGCACGGCCUUCUACCUCUGUGGUAGGAUGGAGUAUCUUGGGUGCAUGGUGUUGUGUCUGGCCCUCAGCUGGGUGAACCUACUGUAUUACUCCAGAGGAUCCAAGAACAUGGGGAUUUACAGCGUCAUGAUCCAGAAGUUAAUUCUUGGAGACAUGUCUCGUUUCCUAUUGGUAUACAUGGUUUUCCUCGUUGGAUAUUCUGCAGCAAUAGUCACCCUGGUGGUCGAACCAGAGGUUUUGGAGUGCCUCAGACGUAAAGAACAAAAUCAUUGCAGUGAUCCAACCCACAUUUCCAUCAUCAUUGGAAUAUGUAUGGAGUUGUUUAAGUUUGCCAUAGGCAUAGGAAAUGUGGAGUUCACUGGGAAGUGUCUUGGUGACAAGGUGGUGGUCUAUGUGCUGCUCAUCUCCUACAUAGUCCUCACCUACAUCCUGCUCCUCAACAUGCUCAUCGCCCUCAUGAACAAAACGGUGGCCAAGACCUCUGAGGAGAGCACCAACAUCUGGAGACUGCAGAGAGCUAUUGCCAUUCUGGAUAUAGAGAGACGCCUACCAAAGUGUUUGAAACGCAGACUUCGCUCUGGAGUGGAGAAAGACCUGGGUCAGGGCAGUGAAGAGGACCGUCGCUGGUGCUUCAGAGUGGAGGAAGUCAAUUGGACCAAAUGGAACAUGUGUUUGAGAAUUAUGAAUGAGGAUCCUGGCAACAGGGACCUGCUCAUCGGGACACCUUCAUCAGUCAGAGUGGCAGGGACUCGCUGGCGGCGUCCUGGGCCCUGGGCUCCUCGAUUCCUGGGCCACUUUACUCAGCACUGGUCUCAACAGGAGCAUCAGGGACAAGAGUUGGAUCCUCUGUCAUCGAGUCCCGUCAAAACAAAAUCUCACGCCUGA